AUGGAGGGUGAUGGGUCGCAGCCGACCCAAGCAACCCAGAAUGUCCUCGAUCCCAGGCGCAUAGGCAAGCAGAACUCGGGCUUCUCAGAUGAGGAUAUCUCCGACAUCAUCUGCUUGCUCUACCCACACUCCGAUUUCGCCCGCCGAGAGAUCCAUCGUAUCGCCAGGGAACAUUCGCCUCAUAUCAUAGUGCGAGCAGAGGCAGAUGCUGUGGAGCCUGACUACGAGCAGGAAGACAGGGCCGACCAGUUCCAGCUGACACCUCCGAAUUCCGAAUAUGCCGUGAUCCUGAGGUUGUCGGCUCAAACGAAGGAUCCCCUCAAUGGGUUUCUGUUUGGCCGCAACGUCACUCGCUGCGACAUAUGUUUUGCCAACGACCCGAUGAAGCGUUUGAGCAAUGUCCACUUUCGCAUCUACGUCAACUCGUACGGAGUCGUCAUGCUCGAGGACCAGUCCACGAACGGCACCUUCGUCGACGGCACCCUGCUGCGCGCCAAGUCCAAGGCCCCAAACGAGAAAUGCGACACGAGGAGGGUCCUUAGUCACGGCUCCAAGGUCAAGAUUCUAAUGCAUCAUGAGGCUCACGACCUCGAGUUUUUGGUUAGGUUACCCAAGAGGCAGGGCGAAUAUGAUCGGGCGUACAUCUCAAAAUUGGAGGAAUACUUUGACAAUAUGGAGCGCUUGCGUCAAAAGCAGAAUGAGACCAUCACCCCUGGUCCAGGCGGUCACGUCGACCUCUUCAAUGCACCUAGAAGACAGCAAAAUGCCGUGCCGCGGAGGAUAGCGUUGCCAUCCGGACCGACCCAGAGCAAUACAGAGAGGUUCUCGAGGGAAUGGGAUGGAUCCGGCAAGUACAACCGCAUCAAUACGAUUGGUAAGGGAGCAUUUGCCGUAGUAUACAAGGUCACCUCCAAAUUUGACGGCAACCCCUAUGCUGCCAAAGAGCUCGACAAGCGUAGAUUCAUCAAGAACGGGGUUAUGGACCAGAAGGUGGAAAAUGAGAUGAAAAUCAUGCAGAGGCUUGAACAUCCAAACAUUGUUCGAUACAUCGAGCACUUCGACUGGGAAAACCGUCUAUUUAUCAUCAUUAUGGAGUUCGUUGGCGGCGGCGACUUGGGGAAGCUCAUCAGCACCAGGGGGCCCUUACAAGAGAAAUCUGUGAAGCAGAUGGCAUCUCAACUGCUGAGCGCUUUGGCACACUUGCACGAGAAUCACAUCACCCACAGAGAUGUCAAGCCCGACAACAUUCUGAUUCACUCACUGUCUCCAUUCGAUGUGAAGCUGACCGACUUUGGGCUCUCGAAAAUGGUGGACAACGAGCAAACUUUUUUGCGGACCUUCUGCGGCACACUGCUCUACUGCGCACCAGAAGUAUACUCGGAGUACGCUGAAUACGAUGAUCAAGGGCGUCGGCACCCGCGCAACAGGGUCAAGCGCGCUGCUGUAGGGCAAAGAUAUGACCAUGUCGUCGACGUCUGGUCGCUUGGUGGAGUUUUGUUCUACGCCCUCACUGGCUAUCCGCCGUACCCCGUUAAGAACGGUGUGAGCCACUCGGAGUUGCUUCACACCAUCAUGACGCAGCAACUUAACACGACGCCGCUAGUGAGGGCCAACAUUUCUCAGGAGGGCAUCGAGUUUCUUCGUCUGAUGCUGGAGAAGCGACCGGAAUGCCGUGCGACGGUCAAGGACUUGCAGUCCCAUCCAUGGCUGGGGGCUUUCCGAGUCAAGUCGCAGCCAAGCAUCGACCAGUCAUUUGAUGAAAUUACGGAUGAGGAAGAGGAGCUCCAGAUCAACGCCUCACAGCUCAGCUUGCAAGACGGACAAUCCCGCACGCUGGCUGACGAGGAACCGCAAUUCGAGGAUGUAGUCGACGACGACAUUGUAGACGACUUCAUAGAGGAGGAUUCCGAAAAGGAGAACGGCACGUUCGGGCCUCCUGGGCAAGGAGCUCAGCCGAAAUUGUUCGGGGAAGUCAAUGUGUCGGCUGUUGGAAGUUCCGGGGUAAUACCAGAGGACCGCCUCAACCUGGGCGAGUCGAGUAUUAUUAGCGGUGAAAGCCUGGAGACGGAGAUUCGGGACAGCUAUGACUCGGGAGACGUCUCGACCAUUAUCGGACAGAAGCAUCCCAGUAGUGGGGCAAGACUAUCCGUCUCUGCUGCCGAAGGUCAGUCCGUGGAUCAACUGCAAAGCUUGGUCAGGAAUGUCGCUUCGCAGAGCCUCGGUGCUACGGAGGCUGAUUUCCAGAUGAUAUCUGCAGCAACUUCGCAGGUAAACGGCACAUUCUACACCGCCAGCAAAAGGAAGCCGUCAUCUGUCGACACAAGCGAUGAGUUCGAACCAAGACCUCGGGAGAAGCCAGCCUUCAAACGCCUAAAGUCUGAAGGGAAUCUUGAUGCCCUGGUGGACCAAGAGAUGGAGGAGUACAAGCUUCUUGCUUCAGUGCCACAAAUCAAGAGACUCGAAUCCGGGCGUCAAAUCGACAAGCCUUACAACAAGAUUGGCUUCUGGGGAAGCAACCUCGCCAGCUGGCAUCUGAGAUAUCCCGAGAUGACCCAGCUCCAAUAUGACAUGUUCGACCGAGCAGCUCAAUCACGGGGCGAAAAGUUCGAGCCUGGCCAGUCGCCCCUGUGGGAAUUGGCUUUCAAGUACUUCCCUCCAAGCAACGGCCUGCCAGCGCUGCACGUCAACGAAGCGUCAACCAUCAACGACACAAAGACAAUGCUGAAGCGGGACGAUAGAAAGGUUUUGGACGGAGCUGAGUGGGACAUUCCUGCCACGGCACCCCCGGCGGAAGAGGAUUCGCUUCCAGAUACCUUGCCUCCAGAAACCCAAAACAUCAUCGUUCCGAUACAGGAGAGGACGAGGACGAAGCGAGCCGUUGCUGUUCUCGAGUCAUCGCCUGGAUCGGUCGUUUCUGGAAUCUCUGUCCCAGUUAAUGAAAUCGUCAUGUCUUGGGGCAGAGGACCGGAGAACAUGAUUAUAUAUGAUCCAAAGACGGAGAUAAGAGUUCCAAAAUACGCAGCCAAGAUCGUCUUGUGGAAGGAUGGCUUUGACCCCAACAGGUGGCGACGGGAACAGCCUUGGGACAAGAACGACACCGGGGCUGGCUAUACAUUUUAUCUCUCGACAAAAGCCACCAACGGCGUUCUCCUCAACGGCUACGGUCUUCCGUCGCACGACUGCAAGAACCCCACCGGUGCAGCUCGCAACUGGAUACCCAUCUACGAUGGCGACGAGAUUGUUGUUUGGGGAACGCCUGCCGAUACAAGUCAGACCAAAGUCACCUUCCGGUGCUUCUGGGGCGACUCGUCCCGGCCUCGCCCGGAAGACGUACCCCUCCAACGUGUUUCCUCAUCGACGGCGCGUAAGCUGGACGAGGCCAGCGCCAAGGCUGAACGGCGAAUCCGGACAGACGCGGAGAAGAGUCGGCUUCUGAGCGAGGCGGCCGAGGAGCAUGGCGAGAGACGAGCUAACAUUGAGAGGGAGCGCGAGCGCAGUCGCUUCUUUGAGGAGAAGCGCCUCGAGGCUGUAAGGUACGUGGCGCUCAGGACGGCAUCCAGACGCGGAUCGCCGGCCAGCGCGCCCCCGACGGCCAUGAGGGGGCAGACACCAGGUUUGGGAGUUCCGUCGCCACUACAGGAUUCCCAGAGCCCACCCAAAUAG